UGUUGAGUUGAACCAACGGUCUGCUAAUUUACUGGUUCGAUCGCUUUGCGCGUUACCCAAUACUGCCCAUAUGGUUGCCAGCCUUUUCCUGUGUCGAGCGGGUGUUGCGAGAUAUAUAUACCUCGUUCUUGGUGUUGUUCUGGUUUUAUGGUCGUCAAUCCUUGCACUCGUGUCUCCGCAACUCAGGACGUUACCACCCUUCAUCCAUUCUCCUCGCGUGCCUUGGAAAGAAGAAGGUCAUAGCGAGGUUUCGUGUUCUGCGAAGAACUUUACAGUGUCAUUCUCCCCCUCAUCGACGCAGCUGGGUAUCGCUUCUGAGGUGUAUCUCAUAUCUCUACCCUGGCGACAAGACCGGCGACAGCAGAUGAAACAUUUGCAAGCAUCCAAAGAAAUCAAUUGGACGGUUGUUGAUGCACUGGACCCUUCGGAUAUUGCUAUCGGUCACAUUUUCGAGCGGAUUGUUUCUCAACGUUCGCUGCAGCCCUCCAAAGGACACCGGGACGACUUGGGAUCAGUUUUCCGCUGGCCCGCUGAUAUCAACGCCAUUGCUGCUUCCACAGAGUACUUUGGAGCUUCCGGUUCCGAUCUCUGGACUUCUACGGACACUCAAGAUAGCAGACAUACCACCUCGUCCUCUCUUGGUGUUUCGUCGCAUCCAAAUAUCACGUGCGCAACUCAAGAUCACUCUGUAUCGUCUUUUAAACCUAGCCUCCCGGACUGGAUGAUCCUCACUGCGCCAAAGAUCUCAUGCUGGUAUUCUCAUGUCUCUGCUGUUCGAAAAUUCAUUGAUAGAGUGAAUGCCGCUCCCGAGGAUGUCGCUAUUUUCUUGGAAGACGAUAUCGAUAUGGAAAAAGACAUCGAGAUAAGAAUGCGUCACGUCUGGCCCUCUCUCCCACAUGGCUGGGACAUGGUUUUUCUGGGUCACUGCUGGUCAAAUGAAUCCUUCUACCCCGCACUUCCGUCGCCUCGGGCCAUAUCUCCAUUAUAUGACCCGCUAACACGGUCACACAUACACCCAUCUUACUCUCCGCGUUGCACUCAUGCUUACGCACUUUCCCUGUCCGGUGCUCGGCGUCUUCUGCAGCAUCUUCGCUACCCGCCAUUCGCGUAUUCCCGAGCUCUUGAUCAAGCUUUCAGUUGGCUUAUCGAAAGUGGCCGAUUACGUGCUUUCAGCGUCGUUCCGAGCGUCGUCAUCCAACGUAAGGUCCUCUCGAGCGACAUAUUUCCCGGAUCCGGUGUGGGGAGUGCGUGGAGAGAGCAUCUAGUGGACGGCGUGUUCGGAACAUAGAACAAGCCCCAGUCUGUCGUUCUUUUUUUGUUCUUGUUGAUCUGUCCUUUGUAUCGCAAGUCGUUUGUAUCGAUCUGAUUUCGGCGCCUCACUUCAGUCGUGUUUGCUAUCUUUUAGCCUGCUGGAGCUAACCUACAG